UAAGGCCUAACUAGCUGGUGAAAAAAUGGAAAUGGCGACAGGUUUUUGGGUGGCAUUGUUGGUGGGAAUUCUUGCAGUAGUGGGGUGGCUCUUGUGGUGGUGGAAUGACAUUUUAUAUGCCCUGCGGAGUCUCCGGCGUACUGGUGGUGGCGCAAAGCUUCCUCCAGGAUACAUGGGAAUACCAUUUCUUGGAGAAAUGUUGACGUUUCUUUGGUACUUCAAGAUUCUUGGCCGCCCUGAUGACUAUAUCAAUUCUAAACGUCGCAAGUAUGGUGAUGGAGUAGGACUCUAUAGAACACACCUAUUUGGUUCACCAGCCAUCAUAGCUUGCACUCCAUCUGCCAACAAGUUUGUAUUGCAAACAGAAUCAAGCUUUUUCUUGGAGUGGCCUUCUGUGGAACUUGUGGGAACUACGUCGCUCGUAGCAGUACAAGGGUCUUCACAUACCAGGGUGAGAAGCUUUGUUGUGAGGGCCAUCAAUCAACCUGAUGCUCUUCGUAAGAUUGCCCUUAUGGUGCAACCCAGAAUAACCAUUGCCCUCGAGUCAUGGGCACAAAAGGGUAGAAUCAGAGUCUAUAAGGAGGCCAAGAAGGUCACAUUUGCAAACAUUGGCAAGUAUUUCGCAAGCUUUGAGCCAGGCCUUGUUUUGGAUACCCUUGAUGAGUUAUUUAAAGGUCUGACUGCUGGAAUUAGAGCUUAUCCUAUCAAUUUCCCUGGAACUGCUUUUCACCAUGCCCUGCAGUGUCGCAAGAAAGCAAUGGCAAUAUUUAGAGACGAGAUGGAAAAGCGGAAGAAGUGUGAUACUUCAAAAGGCAAAAAAGAUCUGAUGGAAGGGCUGAUGCAAGUGAAGGAUGAUGAUGGUAAGCAAUUAACAGAAACUGAGGUGCUUGAUAAUAUUGUCAGCCUUGUUGUGGCAGGAUACACAUCUACCUCUGUGGCUAUCAUGUGGGCUUUCUAUUAUCUUGCAAUGCAUCCAGAUGUUGUCGAAAAGCUUCGGGAAGAGCACACGCCGAUAACCAAGAAACUGAACGGUGAGUUCAUAGCAUACGAUGAAAUUUCAUCGUGCAAGUAUACGGGUAAGGUGGUGGAAGAAAUAAUUAGAUUGGCAAACAUCGCAGCGUUUAUUUUCCGGACAGCUAAAACAGAUGUGGAGUACAAAGGAUACAUAAUUCCAAAAGGUUGGAAGGUGGUUUGCUGGCUGCGAUACCUUCACACCAAUCCAGAAAAUUUUGAGGAUCCCAUGUGCUUCAACCCUGAUAGAUGGAACGAACCACCAAAGCCAGGAUCAUAUUUGGUGUUUGGGGGAGGAUCAAGAAUCUGUGCUGGAAACAUGCUUGCUCGAUUACAAGUUGCAGUUUUACUUCAUCACUUGGUUGUAGGAUACAGGUGGGAACUGGUGAAUCCUAAUGCGACAAUGUCAUAUCUUCCCCAUCCAAAACCAGCAGAUGAAGUUGAGAUUGAUAUCUGCAGAAUUUGAACUUUCUUCUUCUGCUUUGAGUUGAAGCAUUUGAUUCACUACCAUUUUACUUCACUUUCUUUAUGAUGGAUUUUACUGUACUUUGCAGAUUCUUUUUGUUGAAAUAAAUCCAUGUGAAUUGCGCUUUCGAAAAAUUUGAAAGUCCACCAUAUAUCAAAUUCUUAU